AUGUAAAUAGUCCGUUUAAUAAUGCAUACUUGUAAAUGUGCGUUUUGGAGCUGCGUCUUCGUUACAUUCGUUGCGUUGAGUGUCAAUACUAGCGAUUCGUUUUCCGUUCGUAGCAUACUAGCGUCGAUAUUUUACGACUCCAAAAAAGUUGCCAACGGCUUGAAGGAUUUACGAUUUCGUCAUUACACCGGCUUUCCAUUACAAGAGUUGGGAGAUCGGAGUUUUUCCCUCGACCAGACGUCGGACGUGCUCGGGUCCAUCGACCAGCAGAAGCCCUUCGUCCUCUACAUCCACGGCUACGAGGAGCACCCGAGCAACGAGAGCGUCCAGACCAUCGUGACAGCGUACCUGCAACGAGCCAGCGACAAUAUAGUCGUACUAGAUUGGAGUGCAGUCGCCUUCGGUAACUACGUCGGAGUGGCACUGUCUACCGAGGAUGUUUCCAAGUACACCGCCGAAGCUCUGGGGAAGUUGGUGUCAGCGGGAUUGAACGUCAAUACGCUGCACGUCAUCGGUCACUCGCUCGGCGGCCAGAUAGCCGGUUUUCUCGGUCGAUAUCUCGACUUCGUCAUUCCGAGAGUCACGGGUCUGGACCCGGCGAACCCGAUGUUUUAUCAGUUCGGCGCCGAGCAUAUAAACGAGAAGAGCGGCAGACAGGUCGACGUGGUGCACACGGACGGCGGGGUUUAUGGGGCCCUACCGAGCACCGGCAGCGUCGACUUUUUCGCCAACGGCGGAUACAGACCUCAGCCGGGCUGUCCUACUUUCGGAGGAUUUAAAACUUCCAAAGAAUUUUGCAGUCACUGGAGAUCGUGGCGUUUCUAUGCCGAAUCCGUCAACCGCAAUACGUCUUUCCCGGCCCUCGAGUGCGAAUCUUACAGUAAAUUCAUCGUAGGCUCGUGCAAGGGAAACAGAGUCGUUCACUUUGGAUACUCUCUACCACCGAACGUAACUGGAACGUUUUACUUUCAAACAAAUGCAGACGUGUAUUAUGGAAGAGGAUUGAAUGGAAUAUAAGGAUUAAAAGGGUAUUAAAUCACAAGAGAUGAAGAUUCCUAUAAUAUAAUAUUUUAUUUAUCCUAAGUUGUAUAAUACUUUACAUGCGUAACUAUUUCACUGUUACGAAUUUGAAAUCGUUGCAAUCAAAACAGUCUAAAUUAAUUCAUCUAUAUAUGGCAGGGGAAGAGUUGACGUAAUUAAAUAAAAUCUAAUUCAUAAUGCUA